AUGGACAGUGUAUUGCUGUAUUGGGAUGAUAUGCUUCUGAUUGUGGGCCCUUAUGGAGAUCUAGAGGAAUUUCCUCAUCCUCUAUCCCGUGUCAAGCAAUCAGCAGGAUAUAGAUUUUCAUAUCAGAUAGGUGACUCUUUAAUCUGGCUUGGAAUUCGAGACAUGAUAAAUGAUGUUUGGAAGAAAAUGUUGAAUCUGCGACCUAUCACUUAUUUUAGUGGUUCUCAAGGCUCUAAGAUUGAUAUUCCACAUGGAUACAUAUGGAGUCCUCAUCUUGUUACUAAACCAAAAGGAAAUCGGGACAUUUAUACGGGUGUCGCUGAAAUCACUUCUGAUUUUCAGGACUACCGUAACUUACAGGAAGAGCAUUGGGCCCAACAAGAGUUGCGGUGGGCUGAGCAAGAUCAAAGAUGGGCUACUCAAGAGCAGCACAACCGCAACAUUCACCAUCUGCUGAGUGAUAUCCAUAGAGUUCUUGUGCUCCCCACACAGUCGCAGCAGCCAUCAGCAUCCCAACCCCAAUGGCCUCCCUACUAUCCUACAGAUUACCCUUCACAGUUCCCUCCAUAUCCUCCGCCUGGUCCUCAAUAG